AUGCCUGCUCCUGCCCCAUCAGCAGCCUCGGUUGGCCAUGAUACCUUGAUCACGGUCAAGGUGCACUACGAUGGCACUACUCGCCGUUUGAAGAUGCCCUUCAAGGACAUGAAGGCUGAGGUUUUCCCCCAAAAGCUCCUUCAACUCUUACAUGUUCCGUCGGAUGCCGAAGUCAUUAUCGAGCGAUACUCCGACAGCGCAGCGUCCUUCGUCCAGCUGGACAGUGCCAAUGCGGCCGUCUACAAACAGCUGAGUCGUGCCGCAAGGGCAAAACUCAGGCUGGUUAUCAGUGUCACGACGGUUAACAACAAUCCCCUGCCGUCUCCUGUGUCACAGGAGAGCUCUGAUAGCUCUACGGAGCAGGAGACCCCAGCAAGGAAUGACUACCUGGACACGGUUCUGAGUCAUCCAUUGCCAGAAGUCCCGAGCGAAGGCACUGAUGCUACUCCGAUGGGCGACGGCGCUGCUAAGGGUACUGACAACUUGUCGGUGGAGCCGUCAACUACGGAUACUGUGGCUGCUCCGAAGCCACAGUUCCGGGAGUUUGAGAACAGCGACUCUCCAGUCGUUGCGCAUCAGUCGCCUGCAGGACUGUUUUGCAUUGACUGCAACAACUGUGGUCAGACCGUUCCUAAUGAGCAUUACCACUGCAGCAUUUGUGAUGGCGGUGACUACGACUUAUGCUUGCAGUGUGUCGCCUCGGGCAUCUCCUGCCCAGCUGAAGAUCACUGGUUGAUCAAGCGUUGUGUCAAGGAGGGCACCGUGACCAACAGUACCACCGAGAAGAUCGCUCCUCAGAACAGCAAGCCAAAGGAGGAAGUAAAGCCCGAGGUCGCUCCUCAGGACGCUCCUGAGCCUAUUCCUGAGCAAUCUUCUUCGGAGACACUCUCGCCCGUUCCAGAGGUUUCUGCCCCUACUAUAGCACCUGUUGCUACACCCGCUCCAGUUCCCGCCCCUGUGCAGUGCGAUGAGCGCAUCUGCAAUGCUUGUCUCAAAGAAUACGAAGAGAGUAAGAUGGUUACCUGCGUUGACUGCGAGGACUAUGAUCUUUGCGUCAACUGCCUUCUCGAAAACGCCCACGGCCAUCACCCUGGACAUAGUUUCUCUCUUAUCCAAGACCGUCAGUUCAGUUUGAGGAGUUCGGUAAUGUCUCGCUGUUACCCUGGACGUAACCAAUAUCAUGCGGCGGUUUGCGACGGCUGCGAUAAGCAAAUCACGGGUGUACGUCACAAGUGUUUGGGCUGUCCUGACUGGGAUUACUGCUCGGAUUGCGUUCCAAGUGCACCUCUCACUCAUCCCGGUCAUCGGUUUGCUCCAAUCUACGGCGCCCUCUCUGAGCCCCGUGUUUCUGCAGAAGUGCACUCUGGCAUCUUCUGCGAUGGUCCUCUUUGCAAGAACCAGGCUUCUACUUGCAUCGUUGGGCCUCGUUACAAGUGCACUGUGUGCCAUGACACGGACUUCUGCGCUAAAUGUGAAGCUCUACCCACCAACACGCACAACCACACCCAUCCCCUGAUCAAAUUCAAGACGCCUGUUCGCCAUGUGAGUGUCAGCACUGUCGAUGAAGGUAUUUUGAGCGGCCAGGGCAACACGCUUGGUGACCGUGUCGUUCAAAAGUCUGUAUCCACGCAGGCCACCGCCCCAUCUCAGCCUGAGAUUACCCCUACAAAGGAUUCCGAGGAAAAGGCAGAGGAGAAGUCGGAUGCUGCCAAAGAGGUUCCAGCUCCCGUCAUAGAACAGGUCACGGCUCCUACCGUCGAUGCCACUUCUGGCUACCAGGCUUUCUUUGUUAAUGAUGUUGUUGCCGAUGGCACGGUCAUGGCUCCCAACAAGACCUUCCGACAGACGUGGAAACUUUACAACCCCGGUCCUCUUGCAUGGCCCGUGGGUACUGAUGUGCGCUUUGUUGGUGGAGACACGAUGUUCAAUGUGGAUACGGUGCACCCCUCAAGCCUUCGAUCAGUCGCGUCUGCCAUGGAGAGCAACAAGCUCACUGCUCCACUGGAACCCGAGCAGACUGCCGAUUUUACGGUGCUCCUCCGCAGCCCUAGCCGGGAAGGAUCUGCCAUUUCAUACUGGCGUCUGAAACUGCCUAACGGUACGCCGUUUGGUCAUCGCCUGUGGUGUGACAUCCGGGUUCAAGCUGGCGCCUCCGAACUGGAGCCUCAGGAAGUCUUGCCGGAGAAUGAGAAGCAGUCUGAGGAACCCGUGGUUGAGGAGAAGCAACCCACGACAGUAGAGACUGACGAGACUGAACAAACCGGGUCUCGGAUGAUCUUCCCUACCUUGGACAAGGAGUCGCCCAGUAUCCACGAGGAGACGGCUGCUCUUCGUGCUGCACCAUCAACUGCCCCGUCGGAGUCCAACCAAACCAAUGAACUGGACUACCUCACCAUUACCGACACCAUGAGCAUGGAUGAUGAUGAGGAAGUGGAUGGUUUCCUUACCGACGAGGAGUAUGAUGUGCUGGAUGCCAGCGACCAGGAGUAUCUGGAAGCCAAGCAGUCGCAGUAG